AGCGCAGCGAAUGGGGUGGUUGAUGGAAAGGUGGCUCGUCGCCGUCGCGCUCGGUAAAUAGUGGAGCGGAGCGGGGCACCCUCCCUCAGUUUCCUACUCCGCCGUUGCGUAUCCGUCGCGCCGAAGCAACCAGCCAGCCAGCCCAUUUCGAUACGCGCGAGGUGAACGGGAAUCGGGAAGCGACGAGGGGACAUUCCAACCAGCUGCUUCCUGCGGCUGCGCGAGCGAUGCAGCCGGCCGCGAGAGGGUGGCGGUCGCCGGCGGCGGCGGCGGAGGCCAGCCCUUACGCGAUGCCCUCGCCGGUGCAGCCGGCGUCGCCCAAGGGCACCAAGGAGGCGGUGAAGAAUGCGCUGUCGCGGUGGGGGCGGAAGGUCGGCGAGGCGACCAGGAAGGCGGAGGACCUGUCGCGCAACACAUGGCAGCACCUGAGGACGGCGCCUAGCAUCGCGGAGGCGGCGUUGGGGAGGAUCGCGCAGGGGACCAAGGUCCUGGCGGAAGGCGGCCACGACAGGAUAUUCCGGCAGGCCUUCAGCGCCCCGCCAGACGAGCAGCUGCGCAAGUCCUACGCCUGCUACCUCUCCACGGCCGCCGGCCCGGUGGUGGGCGUCCUCUACCUCUCCACGGCCAGGGUCGCCUUCUGCAGCGACGGCCCCCUGUCCUACGAGGCCGCCGCCGGCGGCGACGGCGACGGUGACCGGAAGGAGUGGAGCUACUACAAGGUGGCGAUCCCUCUGCACCGGCUGAGGGCGGCCAGCGCGUCGGCGAGCAAGCUCAACCCCGCGGAGAAGUUCAUCGAGCUGGUGUCGGUGGACAGGCACGAGUUCUGGUUCAUGGGGUUCGUCAACUACGACGGCGCGGUGGCGCACCUGCAGGAGGCGCUGAGCGGCUUCCACAACCUGCAGGCUUGAGGGGGGUGGCUCUGUACUCUGUACUCUGUUCUCGCUCCCGUAGCACCAUUGUUUUGCAGCGUGCUGUUUAGCUGCGCUUUAGUACAGUGUACCCAUCUCCGGAUUUCAUGGCAUAUUUUGGUACAGUUAGUCAGCAAAGAGAACGAUUGAGCAUUUUCUAUUCAGAGAAGGCCAUGAUUAUUCUGGAAGAUGACCUUGAAGGUGAUCACGGACAAGAUUAACCUCUGGCCC